ACUGGACAAAACGAAUCAGGUUCAGCUCUUCUCCGUCAACUCCUGGGUUUGAACUUUUUAAGUUUACCAGCAGUCAUGGUGACGCGGGUCUCUUUGCUUUCUUAAUUGUAUAUGAUUUCUUUUUUUUUUUUUUCCCGACCAAGCAAGAACAUGUCGCGUGAUUUUCAGGGUAAUGAACUUGAUUCUUGAUAGAAAACCUCUAUAAUCUAUGUUAAGUUCCGAUUAAAGUUGCUGCAGAAAAUGGUUCUCGCAUCUACCCAUAUCCCACGUCCUCAAAUUCUCUCAAGGAAGAACAAAGAUUCCAACAAUGACGAUUACUUUAACAACCACGGUCGUAUUCUUCUUUACCCGAACCAGUGUACGGACAUGUCUGAGCUCAAAAAGAUUCAUGCUCAUACUAUCCGCACCACGUUUCCUGACGACCCAGACGCUUUAUUUGUUUAUAGCAAAAUACUUCGUUUCUCGUCUUUCGCCGAUCUUGACUAUUCCUAUCGGGUUUUCAAUCAAAUUGAGAACCCGAAUUCGUUUAUGUGGAAUACUCUCAUCAGAGCUUGUGCCCGUGGCGUUAAUAGAAAAGAACAGGCCAUUGCGCUUUAUCAGAGAAUGCUGGAGCUGGGAAGUGUUCUCCCCGAUAAGCAUACUUUUCCCUUCGUGCUAAAAGCCUGUGCUUACUUGUUUGCUCUGUUCGAAGGGAAACAACUACAUUGUCAGAUUUUUAAACAUGGGUUUGAUUUAGAUGCUUAUGUAAAUAAUAGUUUGAUUCAUUUCUAUGCUUCUUGCGGAUGUUUGGAGUCGGCGGAGAAGGUGUUUGUUAAUAUGCCUGAGAGAAGUCUGGUAUCUUGGAAUGUUAUGAUUGAUGGCCACGUUCAGUUUGGUCAGUUUGAUUCGGCGUUAAAACUGAUUAGGGAGAUGCAGGAAUCGUUUGAACCAGAUGGGUAUACCAUGCAGAGCAUCAUAACUGCUUGUGCUGGUCUGGGUGCUUUGUCCCUGGGAAUGUGGGCUCAUGCUUACCUUUUGAAAAAGAAUGAUAUUGAUGUCGCCAUGGAUGUUUUAAUCAAGAACUCCUUGCUGGAUAUGUACUGCAAAUGUGGGUCAUUGGAAAUGGCUAAGCAGGUGUUUGAUGAUAUGCACACCCGCGAUGUAACCUCAUGGAAUUCAAUGAUCUUAGGUUCUGCCAUGCAUGGGCGAGCAGAGGAGGCUUUAGAGUAUUUUUCCUGCAUGAUAAACACAGAGAGUUUUGAGCCCAACUCUAUCACAUUUGUUGGUGUUCUUAGUGCUUGUAAUCACAGAGGUUUGGUCAGUGAGGGCCGCAAGUAUUUUGACAUGAUGGUCAAAGCAUACAAGGUUAAGCCUGUGGUAGAGCACUAUGGUUGCAUUGUUGAUCUUCUUGCUCGUGCAGGCUUCAUUGAUGAAGCUCUUGAUCUUGUAUCAAGCAUGGAAAUGAGACCUGAUGCAGUCAUCUGGAGGAGUCUUCUUGAUGCAUGUAGUAAGAAAAAUGCAAGCAUUGAGCUGAGUGAAGAAAUGGCCAGACAGAUUCUUGAAACAGAGAAAGGCAUCUGUAGUGGUGUCUAUGUGCUUUUGUCAAGAGUUUAUGCAUCAGCUAGCAGGUGGAAUGAUGUUGGGUUGAUUAGAAAAUUGAUGACUGAUAAAGGCAUUGCUAAAGAGCCUGGCUGCAGUUCAAUUGAGAUUGAUGGUGUUGCACAUGAAUUUUUUGCAGGAGACACGUCUCAUCCACUAACAAAGGAAAUAUAUGGAAUGUUGAAUGUGAUAGAUGAAAGACUCCUGUUGGUAGGCUAUUUGCCAGACUACUCACAAGCUCCAAUGGUUGAUGAGUUGCACGAGGGUAAACAGCAGUCCCUUAGGCUGCACAGUGAGAGACUUGCUAUUGCUUUGGGGUUAUUAAACAUGAAACCAGGAGUUCCUAUCCGUAUUUUAAAGAAUCUUCGAGUUUGCAAUGACUGUCACCAGGUGACGAAAUUGAUAUCUAGAAUCUUCAAUGUUGAGAUUAUUGUGAGGGAUCGUGCCAGGUUCCAUCACUUCAAGAAUGGUUCCUGCUCAUGCAUGGAUUAUUGGUGAUGAAUGUUGGGGGUUAUCUAAAGGGUCAGAACCUACAUAAUAUAAUUGCAUGAAAGAACUUUCCAAAAGUUGUAUAUAUGAAGGUCUGAUUUUACUGAAAAAAAUUGCCAGCAUAUGCAAUCUUCUGUAAUAUAUGAACUGGCUGAUCCUUUUUUCCUUCAGUAGAGACAAGCAACUACAAGCAUUUACUUUCUAUUCUGCUCAAAUCUGCAGGCCUCUCUGUUCAACAACCAUACUAAAAAGGAGCUCAGAAGUUGUAAAUUGAUAUUUACGUUCGUUCUUGUUAUAGAUUUUUAGAUGUAAAUCCGAUAUCUGAAAUUGAGUUUAAUUUAGUCAAAUGCUGAUGAACCUUGAAUUUGGUUUGAAAUUUGAUUCAAUUAUUUGAGGAACUCAAAUUCAGCU